UCAGGAUCACACAACAAUAAUGAAUGGAAACACGUCGGAGCCAAGAAAGUUGAGCAGCACCUAAAAGUAACUGUCGGUCGGGUUUUGAAAGUUAUCUGUCAUUGGGGAAAAUUCGCUGUAAGUAAUGGAUUGGCCAGGCAAGACAGAGGCUACUUUCUGGAAGAUGAAGCAGCUGCACUCUUACUUUUAAAAAAGAGACUAGAGUCAAACACUGUCAACUUAAACGCGUGAUUAGGGGUAAAUGGCAUUUAGGGACUACUGCAGUGUCAGCUUUUUUCUUCUUCUUUUUUCUUCAAUAAUCUGUUUUUGGAGAGAAGUGGAUUAUUCGGAUUAAAUCGCGGAUGAGACUCUCGGAAUACUUUGGAGAUUUCUUUCUUUUUGUUUCUUUUACUUGGAUUAUUCUUGUCGCCGUAAGAAGCUGAGGCAAGUUUCAAGUCGACGGCAGGAUAAGGCAUUAAAAUGGGUAAUAUAGAGAGUGUGGACGGCCAGUCGGAGAUGAAGCAGCACAUCAUGCCUCUGAAGGUGCCCAUGCCUGACCCCACCGAGCUGGAGGAGAAAUUUGCCAUUGUUUUGAACUCUAUGAACCUGCCUCCAGACAAAGCCCGGCUCCUCAGACAGUAUGACAAUGAGAAGAAGUGGGACCUGAUCUGCGACCAGGAGAGGUUUCAGGUGAAGAAUCCUCCUCACACCUACAUCCAGAAGCUUCGCGGGUACUUAGAUCCUGGAGUAACACGAAAGAAGUUUCGCAGGCGUGUGCAGGAAUCUACAAAAGUCCUGAGGGAACUGGAGAUUUCACUGAGGACAAAUCACAUUGGGUGGGUCAGGGAGUUCCUCAAUGAUGAAAACAGAGGUCUUGAUGUCCUUGUUGAAUACCUCUCCUUUGCUCAGUGUGCAGUCAUGUUGGAUUUUGAGGGGCUGGAAAAUUGGGAGGAUAGCUUCUUGGACAAGUCUAAAUCUUGGAGCAGGUCCAUAGAGGAUCUGCACCAUACGAACGCCCAACCCUUCUGCAACACUCUGGUGCGCUCUGCCCGCCAGUCUGUUCUUCGCUACGGCUCAGUCGCGAAUAGCAAAACCAUCAAGAACUCCCGCCUCGUGAGUCAAAAGGAUGAUGUGCAUGUGUGCAUCAUGUGCCUGAGAGCAAUCAUGAACUACCAGUACGGUUUCAAUAUGGUCAUGUCUCAUGCACAUGCAGUCAAUGAAAUUGCUCUCAGCUUGAACAAUAAGAACCCACGGACAAAAGCUUUGGUCCUUGAGCUGCUGGCUGCUGUUUGUCUUGUCCGAGGAGGUCAUGAGAUCAUCCUUUCAGCAUUUGACAACUUCAAAGAGGUUUGCAAAGAGAAGCAUCGCUUCGAGAGACUGAUGGAUUACUUCCGCAGUGAAGAGGGAAACAUUGACUUCAUGGUUGCUUGCAUGCAGUUCAUCAACAUUGUGGUCCACUCAGUUGAAGACAUGAACUUCAGAGUGCAUCUGCAGUAUGAAUUCACCAAACUGGGACUAGAUGACUUCCUGGAGAAAUCUAAACACACGGAGAGCGACAAGCUGUCGGUUCAGAUCCAGGCUUACCUUGAUAACGUAUUUGAUGUGGGUGGCCUGCUAGAAGAUGCCGAAACCAAGAAUGCAGCGCUGGAGAAGGUGGAGGAACUGGAGGAGCACCUGUCCCACGUGACUGAGAAGCUUCUGGAGGUUGAGAAUGAAACAAUGAUGAAAGUAGCCGAUCUGGAGAAGCUGCUCAUUCAGAAAGAUAAGGAGCUGAACGUAAUACGGGAGACAAACGAGUCAACCAGCACUCAGGUUAACACCCUGAGGAGGAUGAUCAAGGAGAAGGAUGCUGCAUUUCAGAGGCACUUCAACAUUGAGAAGCGUCUGCUGGAGCUCGAACAGCAGGGCACCAUCCGCUUGCACAAGAAACCUGAUGGAGACAUCGCCAUCGAGCCGCUGGGCGUCGGCAGUGCCGGGAUACCCUUGGGAAACAUCGGAAAGCUGUCUUUGGGUUCAACGGCAGGGCUGACAGAACUAGGAGGACCCGACACAAGUUUACCACCAGCCAGCGAAGCACCUCCGCCUCCACCGCCUCCUCCCCCUCCCCCUCCCCUGCCAUCUGCUUCAGGACACACUGCGCCAGUCCCACCACCACCACCUCCUCCCCUUGCUCCUCCUCUGCCAGAAGCUUCCCCCUCUGUCAUCUUGAGCGUAGGUCUGUCAGCUAUCAGGAUCAAGAAGCCUAUAAAGACCAAGUUCCGCUUGCCUGUGUUUAACUGGACGGCCUUGAAGCCCAAUCAGAUCAAUGGCACAGUCUUCAACGAGAUCGAUGAUGAACGUGUGCUAGAGGAGCUGGAGCUGGAGAGGUUUGAGGAGCUAUUUAAGACGAGAGCCCAGGGUCCAGUUGUGGAUCUUUCCUGCACAAAGAGCAAAGUAGCCAAUAAGGUGGCAAACAGAGUCACACUUCUGGACGCCAAUCGCUCCAAGAACUUAGCCAUCACACUGCGAAAGGCUAACAAGACAACAGAAGAGAUCUGCAAAGCCAUAGAGAAGUUUGACCUCAAGGCCUUACCUGUCGACUUUGUGGAGUGCCUGAUGCGUUUCCUGCCCACCGAGGCAGAAGUGAAGGUGAUGCGUCAGUACGAGCGCGAGCGGCGUCCGCUGGAUCAGUUAGCAGAGGAGGAUCGCUUCAUGUUGUUAUUCAGCAAGAUCGAGAGGCUGACGCAGAGAAUGAACAUUAUCACCUUUGUUGGAAACUUUGCCGACAACGUGAGCAUGCUCACGCCACAGCUCAACGCCAUCAUUGCUGCUUCUGGCUCAAUCAAGUCGGCACCAAAGCUCAAGAGGAUGCUUGAAAUCAUCUUAGCCCUAGGAAACUACAUGAACAGCAGCAAACGAGGCUGCGUUUAUGGUUUCAAAUUACAAAGCCUUGAUCUGCUUCUGGACACUAAGUCUACAGACAGAAAGAUGACAUUGCUCCACUACAUAGCUCUUAUUGUGAAAGAGAAGUACCCUGAACUGACCAACUUCUACAAUGAAUUGCACUUUGUGGACAAAGCUGCAGCAGUGUCUCUGGAAAAUGUCCUACUGGAUGUUCGAGAGCUGGGGAAAGGCAUGGACCUCAUCCGGAGAGAGUGCAGUCUCCACGACCACUCAGUCCUGAAAGGUUUUGUCCAGGCUAGUGACUCACAGCUGGACAAGCUACAGAAGGACGCCAAGAUGGCAGAGGAAGCCUUUAACAGUGUGGUGAGCUACUUUGGAGAAAGUGCCAAGACGGCUCCACCCUCCGUGUUCUUCCCUGUGUUCGUGCGCUUCAUCAAGGCGUACAAGGAUGCAGUGGAAGAAAAUGAACAGAGGAAAAAGCAAGAGGAAGCAAUGAGAGAAAAGUUACUGGCUCAGGAGGCGAAGCAGCAUGACCCUAAGGUUCAGGCCCAGAAGAAGAGGCACCAGCAGCAGGAGCUGAUCGCAGAGCUGCGCAGGCGGCAAGCCAAAGACCACCGGCCUGUGUACGAGGGCAAGGAUGGCACUAUUGAAGACAUUAUCACAGGUGGGCCAGACAGGACUGUUAAAAGAACCCAUGUGCGUGCCAGCAGCCCCGGUGUUCCCAGGCUGAGGAUGACUGUGGUCAUCGACUGCUCAGCUCCUUUGAAGUGCACCUUGUGCUACGUGCUUCAGACACCAGCACAUCUGGAGCACAGCAAAUAGCAAGCGUUGUUCCAUGCCAUGCUGUCUAGUCUGUUAGGGGAAAUGCUGCUGGGUGUCAAAGUGUGUGUUUUUUCAGAAAGGCCAGGUCUCAAGAAGUAAAUUGAGGUACUAAUAAUUAGGAUCCACGACAGCCUCAAGCAGCUGUUCCUGGAGGGAUCAUGUUUUUGGCUUUCUAUACCUCCAUACCUCUUUAAUUUCUUCUAAUCUGGCACAAAAAAGUCACUUGUACUAUAAUUUCAAAGAUCGCCGUGACCUCAUAACGAAAUUUUUGCUCAAAACUAAAGUCUAACUAUGACAAAAUUGGAGGAAAAAUGAUAAAAUGAUGACAUGUUGUAUCCAAAAGAUCAAAAGGUUAACUUAGCUGUGAUUGAGCAACAUUAUAAUGUUGGGCAAACAUACUUUUUUGCCCACUGUUUGAAUGUCGUAAGACAGAAGUGGAGAUUGGGAGGUAGGUAGGUGCCUGUCUUCACUGCUCGUACUAUACCAGUCUGGACAGACAUGGAUAUAAACUGCACACGAGCAGAAUAGCAGAAUAUUCUGUUUGCAAAGAGCGGACAGUGAUUGGGCAGUGUGCAAUUUCGUUUCCUACAUUUAAUUUUUGGAGAUGCCAAAGUUAAAUCAUCUUACACCACACCUACGUAUUUUAAGCCUUUAUUGGGAGAAAACCCUGCAUCUACAGCCUCAGCGUAGCACAUAACCUAACUGAUGUUUUUGUGAUGAUCAUUAAUAACUGUCUAAAGUGUAAAUAAUAUGAAUGUUGCUUCAUUAUACUUUAGUGUUAAUAAUAGGAAUAAUUGUGUGUCACUACUAUCAGAGCUCUAACUGUGUUUUAUCCAGUGGACGGCUUUCAGGACAUGUCCUUAACCUUAUUAAGAACGUUAGGCUUUCACAAGGUUUGCCCCUCCCCCUUAGGGCAGUGUUUCAGGUGUGACAUGUUUUCUCUUCCUCUGCCUCCUCCCCCCAGUACUGAAGAGCGUGCCCUUCACGGCCCGCACUGCUAAACGCGGCUCACGUUUCUUCUGUGAAGCCAACC